AUGGCGCGCAUCAGGGGCAUGCCCGCGCUCGCGCUGGUGGUGGUGGCCGCCGUGGCCGUCGCGUGCGCCGAGGCGCGGCUGCCGGACUACCACCCGUCCACGUUCACGGUGACGGGCAAAGUGCAGUGCCAGGACUGCACCAAGAACUGGAACGCCUACGCCUACAACGGCAAGCCGAUCCCCGGUUCGUUUCCCGUUGCACCCUUCCGAGCCCCCUCGCUCCCCGACCGGCAAAUUAACCCACCAUGUCCACGUGCAGGCAGCAAGGUGAGCAUCACGUGCCGGGACAACAACAACCGGGUUGUGUACCACGGCUCGGACGCCACGGACGGCGAGGGCGUGUUCAACAUCGAGGUGCCCAGGAAGGCGAAGAGCAACGGCCGCGACAUCGAGGCGUCCCGGUGCCUCGUCCGCCUCGCCUCCUCGGGCGACGCGGGCUGCGCCGUCUUCACCGACUUCAACCGCGGCAGGACCGGCCAGACGCCGUCCCGCCUCACGCGUGCCUCCCCCAACAAGGAAACCUACGCCGUCGGCCCGUACUACUGCACCCUGCCGCAGUGCGUCAAGGACGACGACGCCGGCUACUGA